AUGCAAACUUCACUUUCAAAUCUACAAAGCAGCAAAAAAAAAACUGCAGCAGACACUGCAACUGCAGCAGCAGCAGCAACAGCAGCAGCAGGAGCGGCAGCAGCAGCAGCAAUGGCAGCGGUAGCAAUAGCGGCAGCAGCAGCGAGAGCAGCAGGAGCAGCAGCAGCAGCAAUAACGCCAGCAGCAGCACCAGUAAGAGCAGCAGCAGAAGCAGCAACCGAAAUGGCAGAAACACCAGAAGCAGAAACAGAGUUAGCAGCAGCAGCAGCAGCAGCAGCAGCAGCAGCAGCAGAAGCAGCAGCAGCAGCAGCAGCAGAAACGAAAUGA